AUUUUUUUAUCUAGGUUAAUUUUAAUUAUUUGUGUUUUAGUGGGUGUAGCUUUUUUGACAUUAUUAGAACGUAAGGUGUUAGGUUAUAUUCAAAUUCGUAAAGGUCCAAAUAAGGUAGGAUUUGUAGGGUUAAUUCAACCAUUUAGUGAUGCUAUUAAGUUAUUUACUAAGGAACAAACUUAUCCUUAUAUAUCAAAUAUAAAUUUAUAUUAUUUUUCUCCUAUUAUAAAUUUAUUUUUAUCUUUAGUUUUAUGGAUAUGUGUUCCUUUUAUUAGGGUAAAUAUUAGAUUUGAUUUGUCUAUAUUAUAUUUUUUAAGUGUAUCAAGUUUAAGAGUAUAUGCAGUAAUAUUAGCUGGUUGAUCUUCAAAUUCAAAUUAUUCUUUAUUGGGAAGAUUACGUGCUGUGGCUCAGACUAUUUCUUAUGAAGUAAGAUUAUCCUUAAUUUUAAUAUCUUUUUUAUAUUUAAUUUUAAGAUUAAAUAUAUUAGAUUUAAUGAAAUAUCAAAAGUUUAUUUGAUUUGGUUUGUUAAUAUUACCUUUAUGUUUUAUAUGAUUAGUUUCUAGGUUAGCAGAAACUAAUCGUACUCCGUUUGAUUUUGCUGAGGGUGAAUCUGAAUUAGUUUCAGGAUUUAAUGUAGAAUAUAGAAGAGGAGGAUUUGCUAUAAUUUUUUUAGCAGAAUAUGCAAGAAUUUUAUUUAUAAGAUUUAUUUGUAGAAUAUUAUUUUUAGGAGGAAAUUUAAUAGAUUUAAGAUUUUUUUUAAAAUUAAGAUUUAUAAGAUUUAUAUGAGUUAGGGUUCGGGGAACUUUACCUCGUUAUCGUUAUGAUAAAUUAAUAUAUUUACUUAGCAUGAAAGGGUUAUUUACCUAUUUCUUUAAAUUAUUUAUUAUUAUUUUUUGGAUUAAAAAUUUUUAUUUUUAUCUUUUUACUU